AUGUCCGAGGCCACGUGUGACGCCGAGCAUUUCGAGUCGUCUUUGGUCCGCAGUCGAUACAAGCUUGGUGCCCCUCUCGGUUCCCCUUCGCAAACUGAUUCCACAUCUGGCAAGGGCAGAAUCUAUUCUCUUGAGAGGGUUGAUGCCCCC